AUGGAAGAAAUAGACAUUAAUUCAUAUGACAAGAAUGAGGAUAUGGAAUGUACCUUUUUUGAGCAAGAAAAGUAUGAUAUAUUGGCCUUAUCCGAUAGAGGCGUCAUUAAUUCACAUAUGAAGAAAAAUAUUAUUCACUGGAAUAAUCGUUAUAGUUAUAACCAGUUGAAAAAUAAAGACAGUUUAAUCAUGUUUUUAGUUAAUAUAUUUAGGUCUCUUUUUCUCUCAAACUGUAUUGACAAAAAUAUUGAUAAUGUUUUGUUAAGCAUAGAGGAAAUGUUUACAGACCAUUAUUACAAUCCUAUGCACAGCAGAUUGAAGUAUUUAAUAGACGAUGUUGGCAUAUUUUUUACAAAAUUACCCAUUACUAAGGCUUUUCAUACAUAUAAUAAAAAAUACAGAAUAACAAAAAGGUUGUAUGCCCCUCCAACAUUUAAUGAAGUUAGACAUAUCCUCAACCUUGCUCAGAUCUUAUCUGUUGAAGAUGGACUGGAUUUACUAACUUUUGAUGCAGACGAAACAUUAUACCCAGAUGGCUAUGAUUUUCAUGAUGAAGUUUUAGCUAGCUACAUUUCCAGCUUGCUAAAGAAAAUGAACAUAGCAAUAGUUACUGCCGCUUCCUACAACAACGAUGCGGAAAAAUAUCAAAAACGGUUGCAGGAAUUGUUAAAAUAUUUUUCUAAGCAUAAUAUUGAGGAUGGAUCUUACCAAAAUUUUUAUGUUAUGGGGGGUGAAAGUAAUUACUUAUUUAAAUGCAAUGAAAAAGCGAACCUAUAUUCAGUACCUCAAGGUGAAUGGAAUCAUUAUAAAAAGCAUGUAGAUGAUGAGACGGUUCAGAAUAUAUUAAAUAUAUCUCAGAAAUGCUUAGAACAGGUGAUUACAGAUUUUAGACUAUGUGCACAAAUUCAAAGAAAAGAAAAAUCAAUUGGUCUAGUCCCUAAUAAAAUGCCAUCAUUAAAUAAUAAAAAUGAGCAAAAGAAUUACAUGAUAAAGUACGAAGUAUUAGAGGAGGCUGUUAUUCGCGUGAAGAAGGAGAUUAUAAAAAAUAAAAUAGAGGUACCAUACUGUGUAUUUAACGGAGGUCAGGAUUUGUGGGUGGAUAUAGGGAAUAAGGCAGAGGGGUUAAUAAUCUUACAGAAAUUAUUAAAAAUACAGAAAAAAAAAUGUUGUCAUAUUGGUGAUCAAUUUUUAUACUCAGGAAAUGACUUCCCCACAAGGUUUUGCAGUUUAACUUUAUGGGUUAGUAACCCACAAGAAACAAAGGCCUGCUUAAAAAGUAUACUGAACUUAAAUAUGAAAUCUUUUGUUCCUGAAGUUUUAUAUGAAAACCAAUAG